AUGGAUCGAUGGCUAAAGACAGGGUCAGUUAAAAGAAAAUUAAAUGACAAAUCUGACGUGACAGUCAAGGUGCAUCGUCCUGAUGCAGGAGAUCCAGCAACUACAAGUGGUUCAGCCGCAGCGACAAGUGAUUUUGUGUGCGUUACUGAGUCCCAGGAGAGCGGUUCGCCGUCUAACCACCACCCGGCUGAAAGCUGUGAAACUCGGCUUGAUCGCGGAAAGUCCAGCGCUAAAGUGAAGAGAAAAUAUCACAGCGACUACAUAAAAUUCGGAUUUUUCUGGACUGGAGAUGAAGAGGAUCCCAAUCCACACUGUGUUUUGUGCUACGAGUCGUUGGCUAACGAGGCUAUGAAACCCGCCAAGCUCAAGCGUCAUUUUGAGAGCAAACACAAGGAUUACAUCGGGAAACCUUUAGCAUUGUUUGAGAGAAAACGUGAUGAACUUAAAAAACACAUGACGAAGGCGCCCUCACAUUUUUUUGACGGGGAAAAUGCGAAGGCUACAGAGGCAUCAUACAGGGUAUCCCUUCUCAUCGCAAAAACAGGGAAACCUCAUUCGAUAGGUGAGAAUUUAGUCAAACCAGCUGCCAAGGUUAUGGCUAAUGUAUUGUUUGGGGAGAAAGCAAGCGACGAAAUUAACAGGGUCCCCCUCUCCAAUGAUACUGUCCAGCAGCGAAUAACAGCCAUGGCCGAAAAUGUGAAAGAUCAGCUGAUCACACGUUUACGCCAAAGCCAGUUUUUCACACUGCAACUGGACGAGUCAACUGAUAUCGUGAAUGAGGCAAAUCUGCUGUGUUUUGUAAGGUACAUUUAUGAUGGCGGUGUGCAGGAUGAAUUUCUGUUUUGUCGUUCCCUGCCGACCAACACCACAGGGGAAGCCAUUUUUGACUCAGUCAACGAUUUCAUCCUGCAGAAUAAUAUCGACUGGACACGAUGUGUUGGUAUUUGCACAGAUGGUGCAACUGCAAUGACUGGGAAACACAAGGGACUGGCAGCGCGCGUACGCGCAGUUGCACCUUGCGCCACAGCAACACACUGUUGCAUUCACAGAGAACAGCUGGCUGUGAAAAUAAUGCCACCAUGCCUCAAAUCAGUACUGGACGAGUCUGUGAAAAUUGUUAAUACAAUAAAAACCAAAGCACUGAACACACGUCUUUUUAAAGCUCUGUGUGAUGAAAUGGGAAGUGAACACACAAAACUGCUUUUCCAUACUGAAGUUCGCUGGCUGUCGCGUGGGAAAGUUCUCACCCGUCUAUUUGAACUGCGCGAUGAGGUGAUGUUAUUCUUGCAUCAUACUGAUGAACUGUAUGACAGACUGCAUGAUUUCCAGUGGCUCUCAAAAUUGGCAUACCUGGCCGAUGUCUUUAGCGCUCUCAAUGCUUUGAACUUAGCGCUGCAGGGAAAAGCCGUCACCGCCUUCAAGUGGCCCAGGGGCAAGACAGAGGACGAGGAAGGUGACUCGGCCGGACGACCCGGGGGCAAGGCAGAGGACGAGGAGGGUGCCUCGGGCGGACGGCCCACGGGCAAGGCAUGGACGAGGGCUUGUGGCAAGGGAACUCCGGAAGCCGGAGACAUGGGUGGAUGCCAAGGCGAGGGAACUCCGGAGGCCGGAGACAUGGGCGGAGACAGGGGCGGAGGCAAGGGCGUAGACCAUGGCGAGGGAAUUUUGGAGGACGAGCUAGAUGACAGUGGAAUAGCUCCGGUGGGCGGCGAGACAGUUUUGGAGGACGGCCUGGAAGGUGGCGAGACAGCUCCGGAGGACAGCGAGACAGCUCCGGAGGACGGCCUGGAGGACAGCGGAAUAGCUCCGAAGGGCAGCGAGAAACUUCAGGAGGAUGGCGUGGAAGGCGACGAGAAAGCUGCUGAGAACGGCCUGGAGGACGGCCUGGAGGACGGUGAAAUAGCUCCAGGGGACGGCCUGGAAGGCAGCGAGACGCCUCUGGAGGACGGGCUGACGGGCUGUAGGACGGGCUGGAGGACGGCGAGAAAGCCUCUGGACAACGGGCUGGAGGACGGCGGGCUGGAGGACGGCGGGCUGGAGGCCGGCGGGACCGCUCCGGGGAGACGCCUCUGGAGGACGGGCUGUAGGACGGACUGGAGGACGACGAGACGCCUCUGGACGACGGGCUGUUGGAUGGGCUGGAGGACGACGAGAUGCCUCUGGACGACGGGCUGUAGGACGGGCUGGAGGACGGCGAGAAAGCCUCUUGACAAUGGGCUGGAGGACGGCGGGCUGGAGGACGGCAGGCUGGAGGACGGCGGGCUGGAGGCCGGCGGGACCGCUCCGGGGGAAAGUAAGGAGCACCUGGAGCAGGAGGCAGCAGGGCCACCGCGGCGACAGGAGCACCAGUCGGCGGGAUCCCCGACGGGACAUGAGCUGUUGUCGGCGGGACCCCCGUUGGUACUGGUAUCUGCGGGACCCCCGAAGAGGCAGGAGAUGGCUUUGGCGGGAACCCAGGUGGUACUGGCGUUGGCGGGACCCCCGAAGAGGCAGGUGCAGGGGCCGGCAGCACCACCGACGGGACAUGAACUAGAGUCGGCGGGGCAUGAGCUUGAGUCGGCGGGGGCCCCAACUGGACAGGGACAUGGAUUGGUGGGACCAGCAACGGAACAGGUGUUGGAGGGGCCACCGACUUGA